AUGCAAGAUGUGGUUAGAAGGUAUGCGGCCGAACGGGAAAAAGGAAAUGGGGAAAUGUUCGCGCUGAUGUCACUUCUAGUGGAAGACGCGAGUGGUCGCUACACAUCGAUGUUCUACUGGGGCAACAACUACUGGACGGGGUCAGCAGAGCUGUGUGACAUCCUCAACGACCAACACACACCCAUCAGACAACGCAACAAAACGAUUCGCUCCCAGAUUUUCAACGACUGGCGUCAAGACCUGUCGAUGGUAGGCUUCGGGCCUCCCUUCGAGACAGCCUUCUACAUCGCUAAAGUCAGCGUCACCACCAACUACACUGAGGUCGUCAAGACUCGCCGUACUCUUCACCUGGGUAUGUGCCUCCCCCGAUCAUGCACCCGUGACGCUGUCUCCGCGAUGGUCGCCGGCGCACGCGCACCUCUGUUACGUCACAAUGUUGUAGCCGUCAGAUCGCCUCAACAUGGAGGAUACACAUACCUCGGCGACCCCACCUUCAGAGUGUUGCUAGCCGUAUCCUGCCUGGUCACCAUCCUGCUCAUCACAGCGACAAUUUACGACAUGAAGAUAGCCCGCGACGUUCGCAGGCGCAGACAACGCGCAGCCAAUAUGGCGGCCAACAUCGCCAAUGGCGGUGCUCGCAGCGACCUUAAACUCGACCUUAACGGACUUGACGACAUCACUGUUGCUAAUGGCAAGUCGAUGUACAAUGUGAACAACAACCUGCAAAUGAACAGCAACACCUCGGAGGAGCGUCUCACCGCUGAGACCCUCUCCACUGACGAACUCAAACUCAGCAUUUGGUCGGAGUUACUUCUCUCAUUCUCCAUGAAGGCCAACGUACUUCAGAUCUUCGACCAGUCAGUCGGAGCUGACACUGUUCCUGUCGUGCACGGACUCAGGUCUCUGUCCAUGGUCUGGGUUAUAUUCGGACACACAUGCAUCGUUGUCUUCAAGUACGCCGACAACACUGCCCUGCGAGCCAUCUUGGAGAAGAGCUUUUGGUUCCAACUUAUCAUCAGUGCCGUCUACAGCGUCGACACUUUCUUCUGUCUGGGAGGUAUGUUGGUGACGUUCCUGUACUUCCGCACGAAGACGAAGGGCAAGCUGGACCUGCUGGUGAAGGGCCACAGGAAGAUCACCUCCGGAGCACUGCAGUUCCUGGGACUUAUUGGAUACAGAUUUGCAAGACUGACUGCUCCAUACCUGUUCAUCCUGGGUGUGGUGGAGGUGACGAUGAAGUGGUUCGCGCACAACGCAGUGUUCGAGCCCCCGGCGAAUGACUACGACACCUGCCCCAAGUACUGGUGGAGGAACCUGCUCUAUAUCAAUACUCUCUUCCCUGUUGAGCAGAUGUGCAUGUUGUGGAGUUGGUACCUCUCAGACGACACUCAGUUCUACGCAGUCAGCGCCAUCCUUCUGAUCUUGGCCACCAGCCACUUCAAGCUCUCAGCCUCUUUAACCGGUGUCCUGUUCAUCUCUUCUCUCUUCACGACUGGUUACGUCUCCUGGAGCAACGACCACAUCCCCAACAGCGAGGAUCCCUUCACUCAGUUCGACAAGGUGUAUGAGAAGCCAUGGACUAGGCUCGGACCCUACCUCGUGGGCAUGUUCACUGGGUGGAUACUGUUCAAGACUAACUUGACUAUUAAGAUGACCAGGGUAUGGGCAUCAGUAGGCUGGUCAGUAUGUGCUGGUACACUGCUGUUCCUGAUAUUCGGUCUGUACAAGACGGAGCUGGGCGUGUUGUCUGCGGCAGUGUACAGUGCACUCUCUCACUCACUGUGGGCUGCCUGCAUCGGGUGGAUCAUCAUUGCUUGUUGGGUGCGUCCUCUGCUGUCUGCGCCGGUGUUAUAUCCGUUCUCCCGCGUGACGUACUGCGCGUACUUGGUACACCCUGUAGUGCUGCGCUACGUCGCCAUGCAUCUCACGCACCCUAUACAUAUGGGAGAACUCUUCGUGUUCAUCCUGUUCCUGGGUCUGACAGUGAUAUCGUAUGCUCUGGCGUUCGUGAUAUCAGUAGCCUUCGAGGCGCCCAUGGUCACCAUGCUGAAGAUAGUCUCCCCGCAGAAGAAACCGCACAGAGUAUGAACCCACCACCCUUAGCUUUACCUACAAAGACUUUUAAUUACUCCACCAGUUUUACAACUGACCUGCUACAAGGCGGAUGGAAAUAAGCUAUUAUAUUGCGCAGGAGUUUAAUUGGCCAAAAUGUUUAAAUGCAUUCCGAACCUGCGCAAGAGUGGUUACAAAAUUGUUGUACAACCUAAUGGCCGCGCUGACCACGCUUCGCUACCUGAUAGUUAGGGCGAAUGUGAUGUUAGUUAUUUUAUUCCCGGUCCUUAUUUUCUAGAUAACAAUAAAAAAAAUAUUUUUAUGAAAAAACGCAAUAACAAGUUUUCUCUAGUAACGCCACCAAUAAAACUAAUAGUAUUUCAGUUUUAUUCGACAAAAGUUAUAUUUUUCUCGGAUAAUAGGGACCGGGCGUUAGUCUAUUUAAGGUUAAGCAUUCCAAUGUAUAUUGUACUGUACCUAAUGUAGUUUAAUAAACAUUAAAGUUAUUGUAUAUUUCGCCUCGAGGAGGCUGGCUGACUGAGCAGUGACUGAGCAGUGAGCGCUGUAUCGUGUUGCGUGGAUUUUGAUUGUAUUUACUUUGAAUUGGUUAUGAACGAUUAUAGCUUUGUGUAUUUCUGUUUAAUCAUCAUGACAAUUGAACUGAGAGUUGCGUUUCAAAAAAAUUUGACAAUAAAUCAUUGUAUGUUUUUAAAAAUAGAUAUACAAAACCAGUAUAAAGAAUUAUUUUUCGUUUAAAAAUAUAACCAGUGAAAGUACGCUUUAGAUAAAAAAGUAUGAUAAUUUUGAAGCCAUGCGUAUGCGCAUUAGAAUAAAACACAACCAUAGACUAUUUCAAUUUAUUAUAUCUUACAAAAUUUACAGUACCUACCACUAGAAAUCAUCAGGUAAUAAAUAAAAAAUAAGUUAUGUUCGAUCCAUACUUACAUUAUACUUACUUGUAUAUAAGUUUAUGUACAUAAGUCUAGGCUUGCAGCCGAGGAAUGAAAACUUAUUGAUAUUGUGCUUAACUUGAAGUUUAAACCUUUCUAAACAAAUGACAGAAAUAAUAAUGAAAUCGAAUGAAUAUAAAUAUCUGCUGGCCACUGUACCGUCUUGACAUAAUUGUCGAAUGUCAGUGUCAACCUCAUAUAUUGACAUUUGUUUUCGAUAGCCUACACUAUUAUUUAUGUCAUUUGUCUCAUAGCACUGAUCUCUGAACGGACAGGCAUGAAAAUGCCUGAAAUAUACUCUAAAGAAUUUCUGCCUAACUUUCAUCUCUCCAAAAUAUCUACAUUAAAAUAACAUCUGAACAAACAUACCUACCUAGUGUUAAAUACUAUUAAAAUUAAAAUGUACAUUUAUUUGAUGUGUACCUAAUAAUGUAAAUAAGCUGUAAAUAUAAAUAGAAGUAAGUUUUUUACCGAAUAUUAUUAAUAAAUAUACUUUUUAUUAUAAAAUUAGUGUUUUACUGGCGUUAUGAGGCGCAGUCGGAGAGUCGUCUUAGAAGGCUGCAGCAUGGCAUCUCUACGAGUAGAGAGAGUAGGAGGGCCGCUAGUAUUGUGGCUAUUGUUGUUCCCGCGAAAUACAGCCACU